AUGGCGGAAGCAAAAGGCUGGUCCGGACAAGCCGAGCUGGCGAUCUGCUGCCUUGUGGACGAGACACGCCAGGGAAAAAAAUUGCUAAGAAGACAUUUUCUCGGUCUUGGCUGCCUGGCGAAGUUUGAAAGUGUUGAGUUUCUUCGCCCGCUUGGAAAGCCUACUAGAAGUAUAAAUUCAAAGUUCUUCCUAGUUGCAAAUAAACGAGCGGUUCUCACAAAAGACCAUCUUAUGGCGAUCAAGAAGCCAAGAAAAGAUAGAAAGAAGAUUUCCGUUAAAGUUGUCGCCGAAUUUCUGUCAAUGGAGGAUGGCAAAGUGCUCGAACGCAGAGAUUUGAGUGAGUUGUGUAGUUCUUUCGAAAAGGACGUCUACGAUCUAAANUGAGUUUCUUCGCCCGCUUGGAAAGCCUACUAGAAGUAUAAAUUCAAAGUUCUUCCUAGUUGCAAAUAAACGAGCGGUUCUCACAAAAGACCAUCUUAUGGCGAUCAAGAAGCCAAGAAAAGAUAGAAAGAAGAUUUCCGUUAAAGUUGUCGCCGAAUUUCUGUCAAUGGAGGAUGGCAAAGUGCUCGAACGCAGAGAUUUGAGUGAGUUGUGUAGUUCUUUCGAAAAGGACGUCUACGAUCUAAAAGGCGUGACCUACGUCGCUCUCACAAAUGAGAAAGGAAGCAGCUUUUUGCGUUCCAGAUGCUUGGAGGUAUACAACUUCUCGGAAGAAAGCGAAUCGUCAAUGUUAUGGGAUCAACUUCAGUGCCUGGUUUUUAGCAAAGAAACGGUUGCGGAAACAACAGAACAAGAAAGGCCUGUCGCGUUCUCCACGCGAAUCUACGAUCUUUUUCACUGCGACCACGUCUUUGCUGCUGGCGAUGACUCACAGUUCGGCAACGUAAAUGUUAGUACCAGCCCUAGUAGAAAGCGUUUUCGUAAAGAAGAUGAAUUUGCGAAAGGAGACGUACCACUAGGGGCAAUAAUAGCGACUAAAGACUGCCAGCUUGCAGGAUUUUUGGAUUUUUACAAUAAACACCCUGUGCCACUGUUGUUUGGAAGCAACUUUCAAGAAACAGGUAUUUACUGACUUAUAAAUACAGUAUUAUUUAAACGCUCUGUGCCACAUAGCUCGGAUAAUUCUUUUUUCCGUUCGUUUGAAUACCAUGGUAAAUGAAAUGAAUCAUGUAGUUUACGUGCAGACCGAAAAACUUUGUAACAAUAAAAGUACUAUUAUAAUUGAUUAGUUAAUGAAAAAUGCACAAGACUACGAUUUGUCGUCUGUCACUUUGUAAUUCAAAAUUAUAUUGAUCUGUAUCAUUUAAACGUAAAAUUGCAACUCAAUGUAAACUUGUAAGAGAUUUUCAACCCCGUGAACUAAAAAAGGGAGGUCUUAUACACCGCUCUCACUAGCGCCAAAGGUGCAGGCUUCUAGGGGGUUCCUAAGGCAUGCUCCCCCGGGAAAAAUUUAAGAUAUGUGCCUAUAAGAUGAAAAAUUUAAGAUAUGUGCCUAUAAGAUGCCAUUUCCAACAGGGGUCUUUUUUGCAUGAGCAUGCGCGACCGCUGAACAAGCGAUGUGCAUGGGGCGGCUCACCACAGGGUUUGCCUUCAUCAAAAUGGCGCGUCUCAAAGCUAUCAUAGCGAUUAUUUUGCUCGUUGGUCUUGGCGAAUGUGCUCGUGAUUUAACAAAAUGUGUAGUUUGCAAAAAAAACUCUAACAUGGUCUUAACAAAAGCGAAGUAGACAAGCUUAAACAUACACGAGCUACUAUCAAAUUUCAUCUCCCCACUUGACCUGGACAACAGCGCGCGUGUAUGUAGUGCCUGGAGGAUUGCGCUGACCUCAUCAAAGUCUAAACAAAGUGCAGAAACAGUUUGUUGAUGCAAGUAAACACUUUCAAUUUUCUUUGUUUUGAAAUCGGAAAGGAAGAGAAAUAUUAGAAAAAAAACAAAGCAAAUUUCAGCGAGUGGGUUCGGAGUGCGCGAAAGCCGAUGUUCAGUUCAGCAGUGAAUUAAUAUAUGUUCUACAAUUUUCCCAGCACUUUAAAGCUACAAAAUUAAGAGCACACGAGACGUAGAUUAGUCACCUGGUGAGAUGUUGGUGGUAGUCACUCUGUAUGUCUCGAACAAUAAAAAAAAUGAAUAUCAAUGAGACACAGUCAAAACUGCAUUCAAUAGGACCGAAAUUAAAGUCCAAUCUUGUGACCGAUUUUGAUGAAACAUACGGUUAGGUUUCCCAAGAAGUACAGUAAACAUGUGAUGCCGACCAAAAGUUAAAAAUCAUUAGAACAUUUAAGUUCUGGCUAAAAGCAAAUUCCUGCAAAAGAUGCGUUACAAUAUUAGUCCACGCAAAAACAAGAAGUUCUACAAUUUUCCUAUAAACAAACUUUGUAUCACUAAAAUACUUAAGGCAAAAACUUUCUAUUCCAACUGAAAACGGCGUGGUAGUCGCCCGCUGAUCGUUAUUAAUCCACUCCCGAAAUAUGGCUAAAUCAGCUAUUAACAAAUAAUUGUCAGAAAUCCUCUACGGCAUCGAGAAACUGAUUUACAUCCGAUUUAUAGACAAACAUUAAAUAAAGAACAUUUUGCUCAGUAGCUACGCAUCAGCAAUGCAUUCUAUGCCAAACUUUGCGGUUCUUAAAGGGGAAUCAAGACACGAGUCGAGCGCCAAACAACAACAAGCAGCCAUGUUCGUGUCAGACAUCCUUGAGAAACUUGCUCUUUCACCUCGUUCAGCGCAUCAGUCUCCACUUUAAAUCAACAGAUCUUUACUUAUUUUGUACAACGAAGUUCUUUCCUAAGUUCCUGCUACCAUUUCAAUCUCAAGCAAGCGUUCAAAGUGAACAAUUUGGUUCCUAUGACUAUGCAGCACGGUCGCUGUCACUGGUCGCAUGCUCUUUGUUAGUGCUCUUUGACAAGUCAGCGGUCGCGCAUGCUCAUGCAAAAAAGACCCCUGUUGCCAUUUCCUGCAUUUUGAGAUCAUAGUCAAAGGAAAUACUGUGCCCAAAAUUAUCACAGGCUCAUGGUCGGAUGCCAAAAGGGUAAAAAUGUCUGAGAGACCACAGAGAAACAGCAAACAAGCAUGCUAAAAGACUGGUUAAAGAAAGAAAUGGAAGAGUUUCUCAAACUGGGAGAAUAUUAAAUGAAAACGGGGGGCCAGAAAUAUUUGCCUAAAACGGGAGGGUUGCAAUCCUAGCUUACCUGUAAAUUAGCGGUGCUCCACACGCGGGCGAGUGUUAAAAAAAAGCCCCACACCUAAGAAAAUGUGGUAAUGUACCCAUCCAAGAAAUUUGGGUUAUCUCUUCACUGUGGUUGUUUACCAUUUACCAAAAAUUCCCCGAAAUUCCUGUUGGGAUGCCAAUGGUAAACGUUUUUUUGGUUCGUUUCACUGGAAAAUUCCCAGGACAAACGGAAAUUCUGAAAAGGUAGUCCCGUUUUCCCGGUUGGGAUGUUCCGCAUGGAAAUUCGUUUACCAUUUAGAGGUUUCUUGAGUUUUGUGCUAGUUUCAUGUUAAACUAGAAUCCAGUCUAGCGCGGCGCAGGGUUUAUCAUAACUGAAUCUGUCAGUAGGCAAGAUGAAGCGAAUCUUGCAUUCUGAUUGGAUAUCUGAGUGGGCAAGAUGGGCCAGGAUUUCCCGUGUUGGUCCGGCAAGAAAAAGUUCUCUUUUUGGCGAUAUAUUAAAUCCCUUAUGUUUCAACCCUAACUUUUUUUAACUUUUCCUAAUCCCUCCUCGAUUAGCUGUAGGCUACUUUGCCGGCAAGGAUCAAUAAUAAUUAUUUAUUGAUCCUUGCCGGCAAAGUAGCCUACAGCUGGUAUCAAAAGUGUUUUUAAUAAACUUGAACCUUAAAUGACCAAGCUUGUUCGGUUUAAUGGCUGUAUGUUGGUCUCAUUCUUUUUUGACCAACAUGAAGUUCAGGUCAAAAAAAUCGGCCAAUAUCCAUCCAUCUUGACCUCACACUUGGUCAAUUAUGCAAUGUCUACAAAGUUGAACGUACAAAAGAAAAAUUCUGAGCCUUGAACAUGCGCAUGCAAGUUUUGAUAAUGAGAUUUGUUAUCUGUAAUUACACCAAUGACUACUUCACAUGGGAGCCCGGAAAAAUAAAUGUCAAAUUUCACAAGAAUUGUGAAAACACAGGUACAAUUCUGAAAAUUUUAUGUGUAAGAUGUCAUUUUGUGAAAUUUGACAUUUAUUUUCUCGGGCUCUCAUAAGAAAUUUUCUUUGGUGUUAUUACAGCUAAUUACAUCUCCAGCCCUUGAAAAUUAAAUUAUUCUGGUACAAGGUUUUUGUCGACUGAAAAUUAAAAAUUACUCAAUUUCAUAUGUUAAUCAUGCUUUUUUUUCUUAGGUGAGACAAUGACUCAUACUGGACAAGAAUCACAGGGGUGUGCUUCAGGGAGUGUUAGUCAUACGUCCUAUCAAGGUCAGCUAGCUGGGCUGCGGUCAAGAGCACUCUGUCUUGAGGAUUAUUUAAGUCAGCCUUCAUUCAUGUCAUCAUCGGCAGUAAAUGGGUCGGAAAAUUCAGGCGCAGGUGAAAUGGCUCUUCAGCAGCAGAAUGUAGAAAGUUAUGGAGAGGAAGACGUGCAGAACAACAAAAGCCGAGGUACAGGUUUAAUUAUGACAGUCUGAUAAUGGGGAGGUGGAUGCAAACAUCAUUCUCACUGGUGUGGUCUACAUGUUCCUUACAUGGGCUGACACUGGAAGGGGACUGUUUUUAUAUGGUCCUUCAUUACUUGACUAAUUCCCACUGUUGUUGCUACCCUCUAACAAUUUCACGUGCCAAGCAGAUUGUGUGUGGGGUAGCAGGUGUGUUUUCAGAAAUAGGCUUCUAAAGAUACAAUAAUUCAUUUUUAAAGUGGAUUAUCAUUAUACAGUUACCAGCAUACAUUUACCAGUAAGUGAUACAUUAAUGCAGAACCAAACAUACAACAGUAUUGUAAAGUAAAGUAAAACUUCAUUGAAUCUCCCAAUCAGGGUUUUUCAGACCCAACAUACAUAAGCAUAUAGACUCAUAAGGUAAGUUUGAAAUAUUGAAUAAAAUAUCUAAACGUUAAAAUUGUAAUAGUAGAUAAAAACAUCAAUGGGUUUCUCUCCUCGCUGACAAGAAAUGAUGCAAAAAGGAAUUCUCUAAGUUUCUUCUUGAAAGUAUGCAGGCUGUCUGCAGUAGUGAUUGCACGUGGCAAUGAGUUCCAGAGUUGAUAUUGCUCUAUAUAGAAAAGUUUGUUGACCUGCAGCUGAUUCAUAAGCUGGAAUAUUAAGAUAGUCCUUAUUUCUUGUGUUGCGAUCAUGAACAGUAGAUCUUGUCACACAACAAUCACUCAAGUAACUUAAGGUGCUAGCCCUUUCACACACUUAAACCUGAGAAUGCCUACCGUACACAUCAAAUCAUAACUCACAGGGAGCCAGCAUAACUCCUGAAGAACCGGUGUUAUAUGAUCAAAUUUACAUGUAUUAGUGAUUAUUCUUACAGCAAAAUUCUAGAUUUUUUGCAGCUUUGAGAUAUUUUUCUUAGUGCUAGACCAUACUGGAGAACAAUAGUAUAAUUUGCUAAAUACCAGCACAUUAUUUAUAACAUUCCCCAAUGUCCUGGUGCUGAGAAGGUUGUUUCACCCUAUUUAUCUGACCUAAACUACCUAAACAUGAUGAGACAGUGUUUGUAAUAUGUUCAUCAAAGCUAAGGGUGGAGUCUACUUGAAGUCCCAGGUCUUGUACAGAGGAGGCUGUAGUAACUUCCUUUCCAAGUAGAGAGACGUGAAAGUCUGCAGGUAGUCAGUGUAGCAUUUGUCAGGUUCCCUGCCAACUUGGUCUUGUCUGGGUUGAUCAAAAGACUAUUAUAGCAGCACCAAUAAGCAAUCUUCGAUAAAUUAUCAUAUUUAAUUUGCUGGACCACACUGCAAGUAUCUUUGAGAGAAAAUGACAAAUAGAGUCUUGAAUCGUCAAAGUCUGAUUCCAGAGAACCAAAUUUCAGGAUGUUGGGAAGGUCGUUCAUGUAGAUGGUAAAUAGGGCCGGACCUAGGAUGGAACCCUUUGGUACACCAUGAGAAAUAGCACCCAGACUUGAGGCCUCAGUACCGAUCCUGAUGUAUUGUUGAUGUCCCGACAAAUAGCUUCCAAACCAUUCCAGAGUGGUACAACCAACCCCCAGUGUCUUUUUUUUUGCCAGAAGUCUGCUAUGGUCUAGACUGUCAAACGCCUUUGACAAGUCUAGGAGGACUACAAGUGUAAGGUUUUUUCGCAUCCAUCACCUCAAGUGCCUUAUUCGUGAUCAUAACAUUGAGUGUUUCACAUGAAUGCAGCUUUUUGUUGCCACUCUGAUGCUCGGUCACUGCCUCUCUUGGUCAUGUACGUAGUCAGUUGAUUCAGAGCUACUCGUUUGCAAACCUUUGAUGCAACUGGGAGUAGCGAUACUGGGUGGUUAUUGUUUGCAAUCUGAUGAUCUCCUUCCUUAAGUAACGGGGUGACCUCUGAAAUGUUCAAAUGGGAUGGAAAAACUGAUGACAACAGGAACCAGUUCACGAUGUCUGUAAGUACAGGCAAAAUGCAAGGAAGUGAAUCCUUAAUCACUGACAUAGUUAUCUUGUCAUGGCCAGGUGCCUUAUUGGAUGAAAAAGACAUUAUAAUCCUAUGGAUUUCAUAAGCAGAGACUGUGUGAAAUUGGAAUUUAUCUGCUUCACAUGGUAAAUUUGUUUUAGCAACAAGUACGUUCUAGAAUUAGUUCACAAUCAAGGUAUAGGUACACAUACACUAGAAUUUUCCCUAUUUAUAGUCUCAUUUGCUUCACACAGGUUUUAAAAUAACAUGUCAAAUAGUCCUUGUUUUGAAGCAAUAAUAUAUCCCUGUUAAAUAUAACUUGUGACUGUGGUUUUUCAGGCCCUUUUCCAAGUGAAAAUUCUGAUAGGUUCACUGAUUCCCGCCGGCAUCUGGCAGAUUAUUCACCUCCCAAGGAUGUAGGUAAGGUCACAUUUAAAGUAAUAGUUAUUUACAUGUGUCUAUAUCAUCUGUAGGUAUUUUUUGGUGUGAUGCAAACUGUAUUUUCAUAAGUUCUAGGUAGUUUCUUAUUGAUGUCCAAUAUUUUUUUAUUUCCUGGAAAAGUUGGUUAAUGAGUUCUAGCACGAGCUACAUGCUACCAGCUCAGACUAGCUCCCUACUUGGGACCAUCAUGCUCAAACAUCUCAUUUAAAUGGUGUAUUUUUUUUUCUUUUUCGCGAAGAGGUGUUUUAUGUAUGUUGUGGUUUAAUAUAGAUUUUUAUUUUCCCUUUGUUUUGUGGUGUGGUUACUGUAAUGUAUAGUAAUAAGUAAUUUCAAACACACCAAAAUAAAAUUCCAACCAAAAAAAUAUAACAUAUAUUACAAAGGACUAGCAGCACUGCAUUUAAUAAACAAGAAAUAUCUUUUGUUAGCAAUACUUCACCCCAGACAAAAUUAUUUUGACAGAAGGCACAGUCAAGUCUGCUAGAGCACAUUUCAAAUAAAUGUGCAGUUCCGUUAUCCACCCCCUCAAGAAAUGAAACGGAGGUUAUGAGGGGAGUGGGGGUACAAGAGGAGUCAAUUUCCAAGGGGGAUGGGGUGGCUUUUCAAGGUCUCUUUUUCUCGGGAUCUGGGGGAAGAUUAGCCUCUUCUAACAAGUUUGAACAGGAAGGGAGUAAUUAAAGUUCUGAAUCUAAUGUAUGCAUGCAAAAGGAAGGAUCAAUGAGCUGGCUUGAGGAAGACAAGUUCCAAGGCAAAAAGAUCACUCACUGUUAAGUUUGAAGGCAACUAGUUCUUUUACAGAUAACAUCAUUUGUGUAUUGUUAAACAUAUAAAGCCUCUGCAUGUUUUUCAGUGGCUUAAUUAGUGGCACAGUGUACUAGCAAAGAAAGACCUCUACACUAUAUGAAAGGAUGGCUUUUCCAAAUCUUCCAAUUGGUAGGCAUAAAUGACAAGGCAAAACUGAAGAGGUCAGACAUUAAUGUUGGUGUCAAACACUGUAUUCAUCCUGAACUGCAGUAAUUGUUUCAUACCUGCAGUUACGUAUAAUGCAACCAUUUAUCAUUUUUAUUGAAAUAUUCUUUCCAGGGGGUACCCAAACCUAGUGGGAAAAUCAUGGAAAUUCCAGAGGGUAGGGAAGAGGGGUAUGACAAGCACCCCCACCUCCCUCAAAGAAAAGUGCCCUCCAUGGAGAGGGUAUGGAUGUUUUCUGGUCAACAACACAAUUUACAAGAACUUUACUUUCAAUUGGCAAAUAUAAACAACAUAUUGGUGGGGCAUAAAACUUUAAACUGUAAAAAUAUGACAACUUUGAUAAGCUCUGCUUAGCUCUUGCAAAUUUGGAAUGGGUCUAAGUGAACUACCAAAAGGAAAGGUUAUAAGCACUUUGCCCAGGCAUUUGUUAUCUAUAUAUAAAGUUGAUCAGUUGAAUUUAAGCCUUAAAUUGAUGAAGUGACAUCAUUAGAACCUGAGUCCUGAUGAAAGCAGUCAGUUUUAACUUGCUGAGCAUGUCUAGGUGGGAACUUGAAAGUUGUCACUACCAAAUCUGUACAGUAAACACAUUUAUUAACUUGCUUGACAGCAAAAUCUAACAGCCCCUGCUGUGGUGGCUAUACAUUUGUUGGACAGCAGUUGAAAUUACCUUUUUUCACUCUGCCCAUGAAUAAUUAAGGAUAAAAUGUAUCAAAAGGUUGAGUUUGAUCGUCCGGGUGAACGUAGUCCUGAAUAGGACUGUUGUUGUUGACAGUGACUGACGUUUUGACAACCUGUGCGGUAGUCAUCUUCAGAGUCAAAGUGAGUUGUAUCACGUCAGUUGAUGGUAUUAUACUCUGGUUAUUGAUCUGAUUGGUCAAUUAUGUCGCGAUGUUAUUGGUCGUCUGUCAGUUAAGCCAUGAUGUUAUUGGCUAUGAAGACUCGUAAUCAGUGAUUGGUGCAUUUCGAUCCGUCUAUUGUCACAGUUAAACAGUCGUCUAUUGUUAGUCAAAUUGUCAGUUCUUCAGUUGUUCUCAACUCACUUUGACUCUGAAGAUGACUACCGCACAGGUUGUCGAAACGUCAGUCACUGUCAACAACAACAGUCCUAUUCAGGACUACGUUCACCUGGACGAUCAAACUCAACCUUUUGAAAUGACUCCCGGGUUCAAACCUUUCACAGAUAAAAUGUAUGAUAAUAAUUUUAAAAUUCACAUUGCACAAGCAAUUAUUGAUAUAAUCAAUCCAGCUAGAUCCUGUCCAACAGUUUCUAAUGCAUGUCAGGGUUUGCACAGUCUUGAAAAGUCCUUGAAUUUUAUGGGAAGUCCUAGAAAAGUCCUUGAAUUCCAUUUUUCCUUGAAAAGUCCUUAAAUUUCUGUGCAAGUCCUUGAAGAGUCCUUGAAUUUUGUUCAACUUUAAAUGUAGUGGCCUGGAAAGAGUUUUUUGAUGUUUUUUGGUUGUCCAAGACAAUGUAAAUCAUAGCUGAUCAGAAAAUUUAAAGGUUAUUUACAUAAAGUGCUCUAUGUUUUAUGUAAUAAUUAACCAUCAAUUUAAGACAAGUGAACUGAAAAAUGUAGAGAAGUUGGUGAAGCAAAUAGUUCAAGCCUUAAAGUCUUAUUAGAAUGGACUGGGAAUGUGCAAUUUUGUACAAUCUGUGAAUUAUUAUAUUCCUAGUAGGUGGUCCUUGAAAAUCUAUUGUGGUCCUUGAAAAGUCCUUGAAAAUGCAAUUUUUUGUAUGAACCCUGCAUGUAUACUUAUCAGUGUUUUCUUGGUCAUCAGUAAUUAGAGAUCUGAUAGUUGAUCAGUUGCUUAUUAAACAUUUACUUGACAUUUCAAUGUUUGGAACAUCAUAAUGUUUCUCAUUGUUGAUAAUGAUGUUUAAACAUCAAAUUUUAAGUUUAUUUUUUCUCAUAAAUAAUUAAAUAAAUUUAAAAUGGAGUUGUAUGUACUUUCAUAGGUAAAAUUGAAUCGGAAUUGCCAGUGGGGGCUGUGGGUGGUAUUUACACUCCAGUGGAGUCACACAUACUGGCAGGGAGUCACAUUAGUGCAAGUGGUGGUAGUGAUGACAAAAGCAAUCCAGGUGGCACUGCUCAACUGGGAGAAAUCAAAUACACUCUUGAUUAUAAAAUGGCUGCAGCAGCAGAAAAGGACACAAAUACAGAUUCAUGUGAAGUUUAUGUGAAUGAAAGAAGCAGUAAUGGGCACCUUCUACAAGGAGAAAACUUGCAGGCUGUAGAACAAGGUACAGUUUUUUAAAAGUAUUAUUACUUUUAGAAAAUAUAAUUAUUUGUUUUAAAAGGAGUUGUGUGUACUUUAAUAUAGGUGAAACUGGAUCAGAAUUGACAGUGGAGACUGAUGAUGCAGGUGGUAUUUAUCCUCCAGUGGAGUCACAUAUACCAGCAGGGAGUCACAUUAGUGCAAGUGGUGGUAGUGAUGACAAAAGCAAUCCAGGUGGCACUGCUCAACCGGGAGAAAUCAAAUGCACUCUUGAUGAUAAAGUGGCUGCAGCAGCAGAAGGUGACACAGAUACAGAUUCAAGUGAAGUUCACGUGAAUGGAAGAAGUAGUAAUGAAGGCUUGCCACAAGAAGGAAACUGCUCUCAGGCUGUUGAACAAGGUACAGUUUUAAACAGAAAAAAGUAUAAUUACUUUAAAAAAGGUAAUUAGUUGUUAAAAAGGAGUUUUGUGUACCUUUAUAGGUGAAACUGAAUCAGAAUUGCCAGUGGGGGCUGCAGGUGGUAUUUGUCCUCCAGUGGAUUCAAAUUCACUGGCAGGGAGCCACAGUAGUGUAAGUGGGGGUGAUGACAAAAGCAAUCCAGUUGGCAACACUCAACCAGGAGAAAUCAAACACAAUCUUGAUAAUAAAGUGGCUGCAGUAGCAGAAAAGGACACAAAUUUACAUCCAAGUAAAGGUAAGACUGAAGAAGACUUAGCAGAAGAAGGAAACUCUUGGGCUGUAGAACAAGGUACAGGUUUAAACCGAGAAAAGGAAGGAUUAUUACUUUCAAAAAGAUAAUAUUUUUUUUAAAAAGGAGUUGUGUGUACUUUCAUAGGUGAAACUGGAUCAGAAUUGCCAGCUGGGGCCUCGGGUGGCAUUUAUCCUCAAGUGAAGCCAGAUUUAGUGGCCGGGUGUCACAUCACUGCAGGUAGUGGUGUUAUCAAAAGCGAUCCAGGCGGCACUGCUCUACCACGUGUAGUCAAACACACUCUUGAUGAUAAAGUGGCUGCAGCAGCAGAAAGUGACGCAGGUAGCAAUUAAAUGUUUCUUUUUGCGAAAAAACACCAUGCACCGGAUGCUAUUGUUUCAUAGCCGCUGGUCUCAUUAAUAACAGUUUCUUUGUGACAUGAGAUGUUAUAUGUCACCGCGCAUAACAUUGUUACAUGGAAGGUAGCAAUUGUUUGCCAGCUGCUUUUGUAGUCUAAAAGUUACUUAUAGUGAGCAUGACAACUCUUCAGGUCUAAAAAGGUGUUAGUGUUAGAAGUUCGCCUAAGUCCCUUCACCCAAAAUGGUCAUUUAUUUACCCUUUUGAGCGUGGUGACCACCUGUUGUUAUUGGUGUUAUUGACUCAUAUUGGCUACAGGAAGAACAUGUUUUAAGAAGCAAAAAUUGGGAUAAUACAAAUUGUAUUAUUUAUGAUAAAUAACAACGUCUCUGCAUCUGGACCAACUCUGCAGUUGCGGCGCUCAAGGCAAUAUACCCUUCCACGGUUUUUUUCAACUUUUGACAUGGACAAGUUAGGGAAAAUCCGUCAGCACUGCUGGAAAGAGCGCCUUUAAAUUAGUACGAUUGCCAAUUGCAAGUUUGAAAGUCAUUUGUUGAAACCUAAUGCGUAGCUAUAUCUUCGCUCGCUUAAUCCGUUAAGUCACUAUAGUGACCAACAUCAAUUUUCUCCUAACGAUAUCCGCACAAUGUCAAGAGAUUAGGUUAUGAGAAUUAAUUAAAGAUCAUCAAAGAGAAAAUGCUUUGAUCUUUUCUCAAAUUCUCUCAACUUAUUCUUUAAAAAAAUGUAUAGAGAUCAGUUUGGAGAAUUUGCUUGUGGAUAUUGGGGCUUAAAGGGUUAAGACGUAUCACUUUCAAACUUGGCAAUUUUACUAAUUUUAAGGCGCUCUUUCCAGUGGUGUCGACGGAUUUUCCUUAACUGCUCCAUGUCAAAAGUUGAAAAAACCGUGAAAGGGUCUAUUGAGCUAGCAAGCCAACUGGGAGCUGGUCAUAAAAUUGGACCAGCUGCCAGUUGGCUUACUUGCUCAGAUGAUUAGAACGCGGCACCAGCAUUGCAAAGGAUAGGGUUUGAAUCCUGCCAAGUCUAAAUUUUUUCAGGCUUUCGUUUCGCAACUGCAUAGGUUGCGUAUUAAACUCUGAUGAUCGUCAAGCAAUUUAAGAACUAUUUUAGUAAAAGAUUAAGUCUCAGACAAACAAAUAGGUUGAACACUCAGGAUAACAGGCACGCAAGGUGAAAAAGAAGCACAGCGAACCUAUUUGUAUAUUUUUCCCUUUGCAUGGUUAUUGAUUUUGCCAAGUUUAAAAGUUUUCGCUUCUCUAUUUUACUAAGGGCCCAAUGAUACCUCAGUUUCUACAUUCUGUCCUAACCAUGUGGGUUCAAUUAUUGAUACAGGUCUUUGCUGCCUUUACAAAUGGGGUGUUUAAUACUUACAGUAUAUUGUGAGGAUGAAUAAUGAGUCUAAACUUUGUUAAAGAAUGCUGUUAUUGAGACGGAUAGUGUGCUUUAAGAUUCAUUGCCGAUAUUGUACGUCUUUUUUCUCAGAAUGUGUAGUCAAUGGGGACCAUUCAUUGAAAUCAAAAGAUGUAGACAAUACAUCCUCUAAACUGAUCCCUCCAGAUGGAUUAGGCUGUCAACCAGUGACGCCCUUGACGGAGAUUAGCAGUGAAGGAGCAAUCAAUACAGGUAUAAAACUGACGAAGAUACCCUCUGACAAAGCACAGAUUAUGGUUCCACAAGAUGGAAUAAGUCGACCAUCCACAUUCAUCAGCGAAGAGGCCACGACGAAAGAAGCAACCACCUUCUUACCUCCAUCUCACAACCACAAAGAUACCACUCCAUCAAGCUUAGUUGAUCCACCAGAUGGAUUAAGUGGUCAACCGUCUUCCCUCCCCAGUGGGGUGGUGUCUGGAGGAGCAAGAAGUAUUGAAACUAAAGCGGCAUCAUUACCCUUAACCAACCAGAAGGAGACAAUUCAGUCAAGGAGGUUUCCUCCAAGUGGAAGUGUUCAAUCACAAUUGCCCUCUCAGGCUCUUAUUGUAGGAGCAAGUAGUAACGAUCCAAAAUCAGUGAAGUUGCCUUGUAAGAGUGACAAAGACAAGGGACCAACUAGGGCGCAACCAGAAGGAUUAAGCAUUCAAGCAUCAUCAGACACCACUGACAGAGCAGGUAAUGAUGAUGUAAAAGUGGUGGCGUUACCUGCUAAGAAUGACAGAACACAAUCAGGGGUGACUGCACCGAGUGGAUUGAGUUCUCAACGAUCAUCGGUUACCACUGCACCAGUACCUGAAGGAGCAAGUAAUGUGGAAUCUCAAGAGAUGUCAACUUCGGGCCACAGGAUCGCUGGAACGAGGUUGAGUUGUCUUGAUGAUUCUGCAUUUGCAAAAAAGGAAGAAUUACGGUCGAAGCCAAAGGAAAAGAAAAGAAAAUUCAAGCCAAGUAAGGUCGUUUUGCUCACCUAAGCGUAUUUUCCUUGAGUUGUUUCACCAAUCUUAUUCUUCCUUUGUUUAAACCCCCAUUCGCACUCAAUACUUCCCAAGUAAUGCCAGCUGCCAAUUAGAGUGAAACCCCAGAAAGCGAACUGCAUGACGUAGCAAGCAAUAGGGACCUUACGAGAACGUCGAAACAGCAAUAGGUAUUAAUAAGCAAAACAACAACUCUGCACGUGCAGCUCAGCCAGGAGGGUGACCUUGGCUUGCUAUCGACGUAGUUCAAAAAGGGUACAGGUCCCCCACUUUGAAUUUUACUUUGCAAGAAACAUUUUAUAUUGCAACAAACCUAACUUGGACCCUUUAAACCAUCCAGUCAAUAACUGGUCAUGUUCUCAGCACAAAGGGUUGAUGUCGGUAGGUCGUUAGCCAGUCAAAAUAAGAAUAUUUCUUUGAAUUGCCAAUGGCCUCAGAAGUCCUUUAAUUCCAUAUUGACCAUAUUCAAUGGUCGCUACUUUGGGAACUUUACGAGAAGAGGUUAAGUGAUGCAACAUGUAUUUUUUUGAAAUGAACAGCUGACCCAUUGGCAGAGACCAUCUUGGGUUGCUUAGAUCUUCUAGAGGGGCUCUCCCGAUGCCUUGAUAAAGAGUACAAGUAUGGAUCCUGCAAAUGCUGGAAGCAUCUUGCUGAGAGUUUUAACAUUGGAGAACAAGAGUAUCAAAAAUUUAACUGCAGCCAGGUUCACAGUCCUACAGAGGUUAUGUUUGAAUACUUGCAGACCCGACGUCCUGAGAUUACCAUUGCUAAUAUCAAAGAUGGAUUACACUCAAUUUUAAGAGAAGAUGUCGUCCAUGUUCUUGUGAAAUAUGAAAAAAGUGAGUAGUGUUUCCUGAUCUCUUUUAUGAAUAGAAUAUUUAGUUAACACAAUUAACAACAAGGAUCGCGGGCGUGGUCAGCGGUCAGUCGUUUGGCUCAAGCGCGGUCAGCCUUGCUUGCAUCACUUCCAUGUGCUCAGCUUGUGCUCAGUAUAGUACUGACAGUAAUGGGGGCGUAACUCUGUCUAACCUGAGAUCAGGCCCAAUUUUAGCGGUUCUCAUACAUUCUCUCUAACGGCUACCGCUUAGGCUUUUGUACAUUAUGCUUUUGCUUCCCCACUAAAAUGCUCCACCUCAAUGCUCCAUUUUUCCCACUAAAAUGCUCGGUCUCCCCAAAAAAGUCACUAAAAUGCUCGGAUAAUGCUCAUUAUACAAACGGUUUUUUUAAAAUUAAUUUCAAAGUUUACUCUUACAAAAACGUGCCAGUAACAACGACAACGUGUACAAGUUCAUAAAUACAGCCAAAAAAACAGCUGUAUUAGGUUUUUUGUGAAUUUGGAGUUUUAGUCUUCAUUUUCUUUAAAAAAGCAGGAGCUCAUGGGGCAUGGGCUCCUGNGUAAACAUUAAAGGGUCCUUAUUUUACGUCGAUAGUUCAAAAUAGUCAUCAACUAACUAAAAAACCUGAGGCCGACAAUGCAUUUAUUGUACCUUCCCCUCCCUCUCUUUUUGUCAGCGCACCUAAAUACAGGUUUUCAAAGUCCUUUAAGCUACACGGAAAGGAAAGAAGUCGAAACAAGGCUUUGAGAUCACACCUAGGAAUCGAACUCGGCACCACGCGCAAAGAAGGUCGCGCACUAAACAACUGUACUAAUACUUGCUCCCAAUGAAAUAUGAAAUCAACUAAAAUGACAGGGGACAACGUGACUUCUAUUUUGUGCCUGUAGUAUUAACCUAUACCCAGGGCUAUCAUUUCACGUUGCUGGGCAUAUGCAAAAGUAGGCGGAGAAUUGAAGAGCUAGGAGGUUGCCGACCGGAAAUUUUUUGAAAUGAAUAUGCGCUGAGAUGCAAUCUGGUGCAUUUUGAGACACAAUUUUGAGAAAUGUUACAGUGGUAUUUUAUUUUAUAGUCGUGAUCAUGUUUCUUGUCAUAUAGUGUCCUUAGACAGGGAAUACUUACUUCAUGUGCACCAGGGCGGAUAAAUGUUGGGCGAUGAAACGAGCGCUCCGCUCUUCAUUUAAUGUGUGAUGCGGAGUAGGACUGGCACGAGCGCUCUUUCCGCGCUUCCGGUGCGCUUGAAGGCUGGCGAAAUUUUCCUUUUUGCUAACCGGAAAUCCUAUUUUCUUUCUGUAAUUUCAGGCUACAAUGUUCAAUAGAUAAAUUCGUUUCAUAACAAUAUCAAUAAACAGUUUCAUAUGUUUGUGUCUGUAUGCCUAUAAGUCAAACUUGUUGGUGUUAUAAUGCCAAAAUUUGAGUUUAAUUUGAAAGUGUUGAAUACCUCCUUCUCCCACUAAAUAUCACCUAAUCGUCUUUCGCCGUUUCGUUUGCAAAAGCUUAACACUUCUUAACCUCAAUUUUUACAUAUGUUAAAGGGGGAUAAAUUUUAUAUAACAUAACAAAAUAUUAGAUUGAUAUAUUUUGAUAUAGUGGCGUUGUACUGCUUCAAACUUUGCUUCUCGAGUGCAACGCGCCAUGGCGAUUCGCGCAAUGCGUCGCAAAUCCGGCAACCGCAUGUAAACAAAAUUUAUUGAGGUUAGUUGUAAGGUUUUUUCUCCGUUUUUCUCUCUAAAACAAAACAAGAUAAACAGUAAAAACUGAGGGGAAACUAAUUUUGAAGUUUCGAAGAAACAGAAAGACGUAUGAGAUGUUUUUUUUUUCAAAAUUAAAAAGGAGGAUGAUGGUAAUUGAAAUUAGCAUAAUUUCACCUUGCACGAGCUGCACGCAUUUAUAAAAUAUACGUCAUCUAGUUAUGAAACACGAUCUGCUGUCUUUUAGUUUUGCCAUGGAUGAGAUUUUCCUUCGUGUUUUAGACAGUACUUAGUUGUUUUUGUUUUGGAAUAACAUCGACAUUGGCGAGUAGUAGAACGAAAAUAUAAUUCAGUGGCAGAGUCAUGGAAGUGAUUAGAGAAACCCUUUGAAAGAGAUGUUUGUCUACUCCAACUAAACCUCCCGCAAAAAAUAGCAACAUUUGCCUCUCGCAGGCAGCGUACCAGCACAAAGGAACGAGGAAGAAGUGCAAGAAAACAGAUCAAGCCGCCAUAAUUCAGUGACAGCGGCAGUGUCUAAUGGACAAACGACAUCGCAAGCCCUGACCGAAGUCGAAAACAAGCGACAUUUCUAAGCAGAGUCCCAGUCAACUGCAUCACACCUUUUUGCUCGGACGCGCUCGUUUCACCGCCCAACCUUUAUCCGCCCUGCGUGGUUGUUUUCGUGAAUGAUCCGCCGUCGGCGAAGAGCAGGAUCGAUCUUGCUGUCUGUUUUGUUGUUUUAUGGUCUUAUGGUAGGAAAAUAUGCCUUAAUAUGUGCUAUGGAAAUUCAGAAAAUUCAGAUGGUUGUUCAUAUCUUCUCAAGAUUUGCUUUAUUUACGGAACUAAUGUGAGUGUAUCGCAGAGUUGAAUCCCUCUGCAAGUUGUUGACUGCGAACAAUGUGCCUUUUGAUUUACCAACAAACGAGUGCAAGUACUGUCCAUCUUAAAACUGGUUUCAUUUGAAAGUUUAGCUGGGAAUGACUUCUCUGAACGGGGUACGCAAGCGGAGGCUCACUGCGAAAGAAACCUCAAUCGCCAACUGUGAAGUUGUAUUAGACGAACAAUAUCGCAUCGCUGUUCAAAGAAUUUUUGUAAAAAGUACUAAAACCAGGAAAACUGGUGUCCUCGCUCGUUGGCUGUUUGCUGUUUGUUAAUUUCGAUUAAUAUAUUUAGCAAGCUGUUCAGACCUGGAGUAAAACAACAACACAACUACAAAGUGUGUUUGUAAUAUCGUUUUUCGUUUUGUUUAUAGGUCAGUUGAGCUUUUAGUAGUGUCCUUUCGUCUUUCCAAAUUGGCAGAUAAUAUUAACCUGGAUUUAUAAAAUAUAUAUAUUUUUAGACGGUUGUUUCUCUAGUAAAUUCGCAAAUUGCAAGUGUACUCACCGGACUAAAUCGGCUAAAUUAAAUGCACUUGAGAACUUGUUUGGUUUGUUCUGAGAUAAGUUAUAUAUCCUCUAAAAAAGUUCGCGAUUUACUUCUCCAAGAUUGUUAAAGAUUUAUCUACUGAAAAUAGGGGGAAAUUGCAGAGGAAAUAUAAAGGCAACAGAAAAAAAUAAAUUUCAGUAUUUUAAAUUCGAGCGCGCUUUGCCAAAAUAUUAGCGGAGCUCUGGCGCGCGAAGCGCGCCUGCGGAGCACCAUGGGUAAGUAAAUCUACCCAUCCCAGAAAAUUUGGUAAUCACGUGACCGUACACCGCCCUCAGCCCGCCCGUCCGUCCGCACCACAGGGCAACCAAUGUUCAAUCACACUUUCUAGUUUGGGAGCACAGGAAGACUGAUAUUGCAGACAUAUUGCACAUCAAUCUUGUGAUCAAUUGACAGCUGUCAAAACAGGGUAUCCGCUGACCAGUAUCACCUGAUCAUAUCGCGGGCUCAGGUGUCGACCCAUCGAGGUCGAGUAUCUUUUUAAAGUUAUCCGCUGACAAGUUACUAGUUUUCAAAUGAUUGCAGGCUCAAGUUUAAUUUUUCAAUUCAUAUGAAUUAUGUUGUGUUUUAUAUGUGCCGCACAAUUAAAAUUUUGAUUUCAAACUGACCUCGGAAGCUAAGAAUUAAGCCAGUUUUUAUAGGCAGGGAGGACAUGCUAGUUGCUUUUGACUUUUCUCACCAAGGUCACGCGUUGGUCACGCUCUACGUCCAAUUUUUAUACUCUGAUUGGUCAAAAUUUGACAGGUGAGUUCACGCGGAAAAUUUAUGCAGCAUCUUGAAACUUGUUUACUUUGACAGCUGAAGCUGACAGAGUUUUGUGUCAACUUUGUGAUGUUUUUAACUGUCUUUUUCCACUAAAUGUACAAAGUGAAAUUCAGCUGCUAUCAAGAGUCUUCUGUUAUUCAUGGCUAGUUUGUUUAUUGGGUUUUUGGUUGAGAAAUACGUCGCUUUGGCAAAGUCGGAAAUCCGAUUCGGAUGGCAUCGUUUUCGUUUUUCACCUUGCUUGAUGCGUAAGACGGUUGAAAAGUCUGAAGCGGUUCUGGCCUUACUUGAUAGUUUUCAGUGCAUCUCAAAAGGUAAGCCUGAGUAAUUAUUGUAUUUGUUUGUUUUUUAUAUCUAAUUUAAUGAAGUCGAGCGUAGUUUACGCGGCUAUUUGGUUUAUGCACGUUUGUAAGAUUUGAGACAAUGAUCUGACCGAGAGUGACCGAGUAUCAGGUUUGAUUAUCAGCUUAUGGAACUUUAAAAAGCCUUUAGACAUUUUCUCACCGCAAAUAGAAAGAAAACGUUCCAAAGAAUAUUUGGUUACAAUUCUGGCUGUAAAAGAAAGCUUUGAGCGAUUUUCUUGCCUCGAGUUCAUCUUUGAAAAAAGCAAACACCGGGAAGCCGGCUUAAAACGUAAACAAGGAUUUUCAGAGACACUUUAAUACUUGUCUUCGUGAAUGAAAAUUGUUGUCUCUGUAUAUGUUUCACCGAAUUAUUUUCCCUUUCUUUAUUGAUUGUUAGUAGUCUCUUUUGCAAUUUUAAUCGCUGUGCCGUUUGUUUUCAGUCGCUCAUGAACAUCGCUUGCAAGAGUAGUCAAAAUGCCGCGCGUAUCAAACGCUUUUGAAGAUUACAGAUCUUUAUAAUAAAUUCUUUAUUGUGUUGAAGCGUAUAACUAUAUUAAUCUUAAUUUAAACAGUCGACUUGUCAAAAGUGAGAACUGGCUAGCCGUAUAGGUGAUUUUGGAAAUUUUUUUGACGAUUUCGCUAAAAGCCCACACGUGCUUUGAUCGUCCUGAAUAUUGAAUGAGUGCAAUUUGUAUUGCAAAAUUGUGAAACACUGCAUUCUGUCCGAGGUCUGUAUGAUGAAAACGGCGCAGGUGUUUUCCAGGCCUAAUCUACUGUGAUCAAGAGCCAUUAUGGCUCUUAAAUGUGAUCGAAGAUGAUUGCUAUUUUUUGGGUGUACAUAUAAAGGCUAUCAACUCGAUGUAAGAUGAAGUUCACUCUUAGCUUGAACUGUUUGCAAAUUAUUUUUCUCGAAAAUCACGUAGUCUUUCCCUCAAAAGUCACAUGAAUGUGCUCUAAAGUUAACUGAUUUGUGGAAUACAAGUUUAUUGUUUGAUUUGAAUUAUAAAUUCGAGUUAAUAGGAGCUUCGCUUUUAGCCCUGGCUAAAUCUAUAUAUUAAAACUAGAACAUCGUGUCGAAGUCUUUUCGAAAACGUUUUACCUUCUACGCCAACAGAAAUAACCUUCGAGAUCUCCUUUAAUCUCGCAAGAAGUUUAAUGUGAUUGUGCUGACUGUUUUAUUUGUAGUUGAAAAAAAUUAAAAGGUGAAAGCUAUUUUUUUAGUCAGCAAGUCUGCAGUUUUCCCACGUUUGAAAAAUUUGCAUACUGAAAAAACAAGUAACGGAAGUAAUUUAGGUUGGCUCAUUCAGCAAAUGUCAAUCAAUCGGCGAAGUGGGCGGCAGACGUUUCUUAGAAGGUUUGUAUCAGGCUCUCUUUUCGUUUCGCCAUGCCCGCCGGAAUGUUCUUUACGAAACGAAAUUUGAGCCUGAUCUCAGGAUACUCUCUCCAGGGGCUGGCUGUGCCAAACGUGGAAGCCCCUGGACAUCCCGGGCACCCACCUCCACUAAGCGAUGCAGUUGUUAACCCUAGUUACGUUUUUUCUGUCAACAAAAAGGAUUUUAUUAACGACUCCACAACAUUUCGUAAACUUUACAAUCUGAUACUAACGUUACAACUUUACAUAAAAAAGAGCUACUAACACUACACUACACUACACUUUAUCCGAAAAUUAGAUCAAUACUUAUACUAAUAUACUCGACAACAGAAAUAAAUGUAUAACAAUAACAAACAGAGAGAAAGAGGGGAUAGACUCAGUUAAGAAAACAUUUAAAUUACAUUUGAAUGUGACUUGAUUUUUUUCCAUUAUUUUAUUACAUUCUACCUUAUUCCGCAUAAAUGCUAUUCUACCUUCUAUAUUGUGUAUUGCUCCGAUUUUUGUUUUCAAGACCCGCAUAGCUGGUUUAACACCAUUUAAUUUAAAGCGAUAAAUAUAAAACUUUGCCACUAGAAUAAGGUGAUUUACAAUGACAAAAUCUUCUGCUGCACUGAAUAUACCAAAUAAAACAUUGGCCGUAUUUAUACUAGAAGACGUGUUAGACGUCCAGAUGCAUUAAACGUCUGACUGUUAAGUGCGUCCCUUUUUUAUACUAGACGUCUUAAACGUCUGAGACAACUAAUUCAUUUGUUAAGUUCGUCGACCAGACGCACUUAACUUCAGACGUUUUAUUCGUCUGAAGUUUAAUGCGUCUGCCUUAUUUCCCGUAUUUAUACCAGACGUCCAAGACGUCUUAGACGUCCUCUAGUGUAAAUACGGCUAUUGACAACUGACAAAGGUUCUAAUCUUGUUUUUUGCAACUGUAAAUAAGAUGCUCAAGGGAUUCAAUCUCAUUUUUGUAAAAGGUAAAUUGUGACGAAUCAAUCAUCUUAACCUUAAACAAUGUUGUUCAGAACCUUAUAUUGGAAUUUUCUAAUUUUUGUUUCUAGCGACACUUUAAAUGAGAGCGAAUAUAUUUCGUACCAAUCAAAUUGGGUAUCAGGAAAUUGACCCUGAAACCUCGUUUGAGCAGAUGGAGGAGUUUGUUUCGCCAUUUUGAGUGCUUUGUAAAGAGAUUUCGAUGUGAUCGAAGACAGAUCGACAACAAUGUUAUCAAUUUUAAAGUGGACCGUGUUCUUCAAUUUAGGACGCGCGAAAUGAGCAGUUUGUUUAACACGUUUUCUUCAUCCACCAGGUACCGCGUUAACCGAUAAGACCGAUUAAGAUAAAAGGGUCAAUCGGAGAGAUGUCCCUAUUCACCUUUCUAAAGAAAAGAUCGCCUACAGUUAAAAAGUCCUCCUCCAAGAGAUGCUUUUCGAAAACAGAUUCCUUCUUGAUUUUUAUGUCAUUUAUUGUUCCAAAUUACUUGGUUCGCGACGUCCUCGUACGAAAGAAUAUUUUGUUUAUUUAGCCGAGACCAGGCAUCUUGACAUUCUUUAUAAAAAAUCGUUACGUUUUUGCUGGUAAGUCGAUGUCUCUCCAAGGCAAAUCAGUAUAGUUUCUGCUUUUUGAGCUUUACACAUUUCAGCGAAGUAAAGAGUGUGCAAGCCUCAGAGCUCUUUCAGUCUGUAUGACAGUCAUCUGUAAUAUUUCAGAUUUUGUCGUUAUCUAAGCCGUCAGCAUAAUCAUGCUGUGUUUGAACUCAUUUGACUCUGGCAGUUAUUGGUUUGUUUUCAGCUUACGACACGGUACAUAAUGGUACCCUUGUCUGCAGUUUGUUUGACAGUGAUCCAGACAUCAUUGGAGAGAUAGCCUUCUUACUGGACAUGCAGAAGAAAGGUCUAAAAAACUGGUCAGAUCUGGCCGCAUCACUGGAAAUACCGCGGAAAGACUUUAAAACGUUUGAAACUUGCAAUACUGACUGUCCCGCAGCAGAGAGGUUGUUUGAACUUGUGAAAAUCAAGUAUCCUCGAACAACCGUCAUGGAUUUGAUAAGUCAUUUAGAUGCAAUAAAAAGACAUGAUGUAAUAGCUGUCAUCAGGGAAUGCACAAAGGGUAGGUUCAACAUAAUAUUUAAAUUUAACCCAAUAAGACAAAAUUCUGUGUUCUGAUUUACUUUACCCUGGCUGAGCUAAUCAUGUCUAGUGAUUGGCUACACAGGCAUGUAAGAGCCUAUCUUGCGCGCUCGGGAUUUCACUCAUUGUCCGAUAAGAACAGAUUUUUUUUUUGUUUUAACCAUGUAAAAUUGCGGACCAAGCUUAAGUCUUGUUUGGUCAAGAUGGACCUUGAUCAAACAAGUUUCGAAAGAUGGAAGAACGAACCUUAUACCCAGCUAUCUUAACCUGACGCUUGAUCAACAAUGCAUAUUUAUUGCAAGUUACUGAUGAUCACUGGAUGAUGCUAAAAACUGAUCAUAACGAUUGACAACAACAGCAACAAUA